AUGCUGCUGGCUCAUCGCGAGGAGCGACUUGUGCUGCUUCAGCAGUCGCGUUGGGCUGCUCUCCUUCUUAUUCAUAUCAUCCGCCUUCUCAUGGGAAACCCGAGGGUCCUCAUCCCAAGCAUCGCCAAACAUGCUGGGGAUCCCAAACUCACCCUCCUCGCGCUGACCGCCCUACGUCCCGACCAGCUCUGGCAUGGCUUGGUCCCAGGCCUGACCAGCGUAACCCUUCUUCUUGUCCGAAGGGGUCCCGCCGGCACCGGAAGGGGUCAUACCGUUGCUGUUGGCGAUGAUCGAGGGAGGUGUGAAGGGACUUACUUGCAAAGUGCUGGCGUAUUCUUGGACGCUGUCUUGGUCGUGGCUUUUGCAUCAAGGAUUGGGAGGGAGUGUGCGUUUUGGCCAGUGGCUUGGCACCGAUUUGGGAAGGAGGGAGUCGCACGUGAUGGCGCUAGCGCAACUUGCGCCAGUGAAUGCUCCGGCCUUCAUCAAGCCGACCUCCUACAACACUUCAUCAACACCUUCACUGGGAGAAGCAGUGUUGUCUCCACCUCAUACACAUCGUCGGCCUCGCCGCACCCUUUCGAUCAGCGCAGUCGCGAAUAUCACAAAAGAAGAACACCCACCAUCAUGUCUGCGGUCGCCGCCAUCCUCAUCACACCCAAGGCCGACGUCCUUCAGCCCCGCCACCGUGAACUGGGUCUCCAAGGUUUCGUACGCCUCGACAUCAGUUGCGACAAGUUCAACACCGAUACCGAAUGGCUCACCUCUCCUGUCUCCGAGCAGAUCGCUCGCACAUUCUUCCUCCACUACGACGUCGAGUCGACCGAGUUCCGCCAGGUCGUCGAAGGCGCUGUCGUCCGCGGAGACUUCGUUGUCGCCAGAGUUGAUCGCAGGCCCAUUUCGCCAAUGCAGCUGUUCCAGAUCGUGCACUUCAUCGCUAUGGCUGUCCACGCUCAUGAAGUCAAUCGCACGGCCAAGGCGAAGCAUCGCCGGUAUCUCAUGCCACUCGUCGAGCAGUUCACGCGCGCGAACAUGAUGGGAGAGUUCGACUUGCUACUCAGCAAGGCGCUCAAGAAUGGUGACAGCGAGUUAGCCAUUAUGUCGAACCCUUUCGACGACACUUUCAACGAGAAUGAGCAGAUUAAGGAGUGGUCGGACGGCGAAGGCACCGUAACUGCGUCGCCAGAGAAGAGCGUGGUGUGUGGGCCGGCGACGGUGUUCUGCAGGUCUUGCGGCAUUUCGAUUAUCGGCAUGCCUGGCGCACUCUUUCGCUACAAGAAGUGUCGAUUCCGAUAUGAGGCGCAGUGGUUGACAAAGGACGAGUACGCCACCUUUGUGCACACCAAGAAGCUGAUGGGUGGCCAGUGCAUAUUGUAG